GGGCGUUCCCGGGACUGGGCAAGACGCUUCGGUUGCCAUAUCGGGCGAAAUGAGACCAUACAGGGCUCUGAAACUUUUGUGACCACACACUAUUACCCCAAAUUAGUCCGCAUGCAUGGGAAAAUCAACAAGAUGAAGAAAAAUACAAGAGAAAACUAAGAGGAUAACUGAGAAAAGCCGCGAAGAAUAGGUCAAGCGCCAGGACGAGUCGGCAACAUUACCCUCUUCCCCGUUUUCCCGCCGAAAAAGGCCGCGUAUGACCUACACCUGCCGACAACCUGCUCUCCGAGGGCGUCGCUUCGAGGCGGUGAGUGCGGAAGGGUUCAGUGCCUACCUACCCGUGGUGAAGUCGAGUGCCAAGUGUGUGUUGUCAAGAGAAGCGUUGGAUCGCCUUCCAGCAAUUCUUGGAACCCUCUUGGAUCGUCUUCAGGUUGCACCUUGCCUAGCAGAAUCCUCCGUGACUCCAAGACUCCGCCAACAUCUCUUUCGAUCAGAGCCUGUUGAAGUUUCUCUGUCACCAUUUCUCUCUCUCCCUCUCUCUCCCUCUCUCUCUCCCCCCUCUCUCUCUCUCUCUCUCCCUCUCUCUCUCCCUCUCGCAGCCUCUCAGCAUCAUCAUCUGCUCGACUCAUCUGUCUCCCUGGAUGCUUAGCUGAACAGGAUUUCGCUGGAGAGAGAAAAUAUCGUGAACUUUUGAACGCUGAAAAGUGAUAAUGAGUGUGAGAAUUGUGAACCACAAAGUCCAAAAUUUAGUGAAAUAUACAGUGAACUAAAAAAAAAAAAAAAAAAAAAAAAAAAAGAGAGAGAGAAAAAAAAAAAGGAUUUUUCCCAAAUGUAUAAAACGUGUUGAUAAAAACCAAAUCAUCGUAUUGUAGAACGUGAUUAGAUAAGAUUUUCUGACACAGGAAUACGACAGAAAAAUCAAAAGACCGUGUGUUCAAUAUAUUCAAAAUAAAACCACACAAGCUUUAAAUACAUUCUAUAACUAUCAGAGCCAAGCAAGCACACCACACCAAGAUGAAGUACCUGUUGCAAGUUGCUAUUCUUCUCAUUGCCAUGAUGGUGCAACUUUCCCACGCCUGGCGAUCAGACCGAAAACCCAGGAUCUUCGGCAGCAAACUCCGCCUGAAGUCGCUCGAGCCGGGGAAGUACAGGAUCCAGAGGAAGCUCGUGCAAUUCCACAAUUUCUUCCGCUCAAAAGUGAAGCCCGAAGCCUCGAACAUGCUGGCUAUGAGCUGGUCGUCCGCCGCCGCCGUCGACGCUCAGCGCUGGGCCGACGCCUGCCAGCUGCUCGUGCACGACUCGUCCGACGGGCGUACGGUCGAGGAGUACGGUCCCUGUGGCCAGAACAUCUUCGUGUCCACGCAUCAGGUGCCUUGGGGUAACUACUUGCACACGCUCUCGAGGCCGUACGAGCGAGGGGCGCCGUGCUCCGCCUGCCCCGGCCACUGCAAGGCCAAGAAGCUCUGCACGAAUUCCUGCCCGUACGGCGACCUCUGGAGCAAUUGCAAGGAACUUGACGCCGCCUACCACGACUGGCUCUGCAACACGAAGACCAAGGAGGGCCUGGAACGCUUCCGGUUCUGCAAAGCAACUUGCACGUGCAAAGAUGCAAUUAUUUUCCCUUGAAGAGGAGGGAGAGGAAAGGGUAAUGGGAAAAGACAUGAAGGUAAAGAAGAAGAGGAAGGAGUAACACACACACACACACACACACACACACACAUACACACACACAUAUAUAUAUACACAU